AUGGUUCUCCACAGCGUCCUCUCCUUCUUAGGUCACAAAGCCGAAAAAAGAAAAAAUUCUAAAUUCUUUCUUUCUUUCUUUCUUUCUUUCUUUCUUUCUUUCUUUCUUUCUUUCUUUCCUACUUUCUUUCUUUCUUUCUAUUUCUUUCUCAAAUUCUUUCUAUUUUACUUGCCAACUUUUCGACUUCGUUUUUGUACGCAUGUGCGUGCGCGUGCGCACGAUAAUUUCAUUUUUUUGUUUUCUUUCAUUUUGUUAUUAUCUUUUACAUAUAUUUAUAUAUUUUUUGUCCUUAAAAUUCUUUCUUUCUUUCUUUCUUUCUUUCUUUCUUUCUUUCUUUCUUUCCUGACAUAUCCAUUCCUUCCUUCUCUCUUCUCUCGUAUCUUUCAUCCAAUCCUUCCUUUCUCCUUAUUCCAUCGGAACCUCCGUUCAUAUCUAUCUAUCUAUCUAUCUAUCUAUCUCGGUCUGUUCAUUAUCUAUCUAUCUAUCUAUCUAUCUAUUCAGUUUGUUCAUAUCUGUCUAUCCAUUUCAGUCUCUAGAUAUCUAUCUAUUUAUCCCUUUUCUUUACAUAACAGCCAGUAG